AUGCGAGACCUAACAGCUCAGGUAACAAGCAGUCUGCUGCAGUUUCCAGAGGUGACUCUUGAGGCACUUGGUGAAGAUGAGAUCACCCUCGAUUCUGUGCUGUGUGGGAAGUUUUCUGGAGGGAGGAAUGGCCUAGCGUGGUUGGCGCGUGGUCCUCAACUCGAGGUGGUGAACUCAGUGACAGCAGAGCGGCUCUCUGCGUACCGUUUCGGUGGAGUAAAUGAGCAGCCUCCCACUGUUCGUGUGGUGAAGGAGUUUUCGUGGCAGAAGAGAACUGGACUACUGGUUGGGUUGGAGGAAGCAGAGGGAAGCGUUCUCUGUCUGUACGACCUUGGAACAUCACGAGUGGUUAAAUCAGUUGUUCUUCCUGGAAGGGUAACCGCUAUAGAACCCAUAACAAGCCACGGAGGAGCCAGCGUGAGCACUCAGCACCUUCAUCAGAGUCUGCGAUGGCUCUUUGGAGUGGCAGCAGUGGCUACAGAUGUUGGUCAUCUCCUUCUGGUUGACCUUUGUUUGGAUGAUUUGUCUUGCAGUCAGAAUGAAAUUGAAGCAUCGGUGUCAACCCUGUGCUACAUAAGCAGAAGCAAUCAGCUCGUUGUGGGUUUUUCAGACGGCUACCUGUCGCUGUGGAACAUGAAAACUUUGAACAGGGAGCACCACUGUCAGCUUGAAGGAGGAAGGAUUCCUGUCUAUGCUGUCACUUUUCAAGAGCCUGAGAAUGAUCCUCGCAACUGUUGCUACUUGUGGGCUGUUCAGUCUACACAGGAAAGUGAAGGUGAUGUGGUGAGUUUACAUCUGUUGCAGUUAGCUUUUGGUGACAGAAAGCGCUUGGCAUCAGGACAAGUCAUGUAUGAGGGUUUGGAAUACUGUGACGAAAGGUACAGUUUAGAUCUCACAGGUGGAGUUUUUCCCUUGAGAGGGCAGACCAGCAGUACUAAAUUACUCAGCUGUCAGACUGUAGAAAAAUUUCGCAGCCAUGUUGACAGAGAGGAUAGCAUUAAUGAAGUAGUAUCUCCUGACACCAGUGUAUCAAUCUUCAGUUGGCAAGUGAAAACAUAUGGUCAAGGAAAACCGUCUACUUAUUUGGGUGUAUUUGACAUUAAUCGCUGGUAUCAUGCUCAAAUGCCAGACUCCCUAAGGCCAGAAGAAUUCCUUCACGAUUGGUCCUAUUUUGCUUUGUGGUCACUGGAUACCGUAAUAAGCAUGACUUCUCCCAAGCUCCUUUUGGAUAUUCUGGUACAUGAGCGGAGUCUAAGUCGGGGAGUUCCUCCUUCUUAUCCACCACCAGAGCAGUUUUUUAAUCCAAGCACCUAUAAUUUUGACGGAACGUGCUUGCUGAACUCCGGAGUUGUUCACAUGACUUGCAGCGGCUUCCAGAAGGAGACCUUGAACUUUUUGAAGAAAUCUGGCCCUUCAAUAAGUGAAGCCAUUCGUGAUAGCUACAAUAGGUGUCUUGUAGCUGGCUUGCUGUCUCCAAGACUCGUCGACGUCCAGCCAUCCAGUUUGAGCCAGGAGGAGCAGGUGGAAGCGGUAUUGUCAGCUGCUGUCCAGAAAGGUUCUUUAGAACUUCUGACAGGAUGCAUUAAACAUUGGACAUCUGAAGAGCAGCCAAGUUCUGCUGCUUGUUUACGGUUUGUUGUUGAGUGGACAUGGAAGAAAGUGAUCUCUACAAAGGAUGAAUUUCACCAAAUAUGUGUUCCGCUCUUUGAUGGCUCUUGCAACUUCAUUGACCCCCAGACAUUACAGUCUCUUCAGCACUGCCAGUUGCUUUUGAGCAACCUCAGCACAGUCCUAAACUGUUUUUUAACAGAAGCACAAGAGCUUACUGAAAAAGGUUAUGCAGACUUGACCAAUAAGCAGGUGGUAACUAGCCUCAUUUCCUUAUAUGCGCAAGUGGUCAUCUGGUUCUGUCGAUCCGGUCUCCUUCCAGAGGGUCUAGAUGACGGUACGCAUUUGCGUAGACCUUUCUACAAUUAUCCUCUGAUUCAGAGCUACUAUACUGGUCAUCGACAGAAACUUGAGCGUUUAUCAAGGGGAAAGUGGGAUUCUGACUGCUUGAUGAUUGAUGGAAUGGUCUCCCAGUUAGGAGACCAAGUUGAGAAGUUGUGGCGGAGAGAUGAAGGAGGAACUGGGAAAUACCCACCUGCUAGUUUACAUGCACUGCUGGAUCUCUAUUUGCUAGACAACGUUGAAGAAAAUGACAAACAUGCAAUUACAAUUUACUUCCUGCUAGAUGUCAUGCAUUCCUUUCCGAAUAAAACAGAAACUUCAAUCAAAUUCUUCCAAACAGCCUUUGCCAUCCCGUGGGAUCUUGUUAAGCUCGUUCAAGGUUUUUGGCUUCUAGAUCACAAUGAUUAUAAACAUUCACUGGACCUGCUCCUUCACCCAGCUACAAUCCAAACUGUCCCAUGGCAACAUAAGAGAAUUAUUCACUCCCUCAUGUGCCAAGGAGAGCCCAGGCAAGCCCUCAGAUACAUACAGAUGAUGAAGCCAUCAAUGUCAAGCACUAGUGAAGUGCAGCUUUUCCUCACUGUGUUGCUGUCCAAUAGGUGCAUGGUGGAGGCUUGGGGUCUGUUGCGUCAACAUGCCACGACGUCAAACGUAGAAGAUCUGUUAAAACACGUGUACGAAACCUGUCAGGAGAUGGGACUAAUGGAAGACUUACUGAAGCUGCCUUUCACAGACAUUGAACAAGAGCGUUUGGAGAAGUUUUUACAGACCAGCGGUGGUGUUCAGAAUCAUGAAUUUCUGUUAGUGCGCCAUCUGCAGCGUGCCAACUAUACCGCAGCGCUACAGUUGAAUCAGUCAAUGAAGGUUAAUCUUAUGAAUGAUCGUGAUCCUCGCUUGAGAGAGAGAUCAGUUGUUAGAGAUUCUAUAUUAGACCAAUAUGGCAAGAUCCUUCCCCGAGUUCAAAGGAAGCUGGCUGUUGAGAGAGCCAAGCCUUACCAUUUGCCUUCAUUGGUCUUAAGAGAAGUUUCAAGACCAAAGCCAUUAUCAACAGUAACAAAACAAGCUCAUGCAGGAAAUGUCCAUACAAGAGCAACUUUCAUCAGCAAUGUAUUGUCCAAAAUUGGAGAAGUCUGGGCAGGAAAUGAGCAGAAAACCAAUUUCUCACAAAGUGAUAGAAUUUUGAUUGCCACUAAGAGAGCUAAAGUUUUGGCCACAACUGCUUCGACUUUUGCUGGGUUUACUCCUCGGUCGAUUCUCAGAUCCAGCCUUCGCACCACACCCCUAGCAACUCCCUCUGCAUCUCCGGGACGAUCAGUUACUCCUCCUCUGCGAACAAAGGAACCUAGAAUAUCUUUCAGGGAAGAGAACUCGAAUGCAAAAUAGACUGUUGGGGUUACAGAAGAUGAUAAAGCCCUGUCUGGACCUUCAUCUGAGCAUGAUCAUGGAGUGGUGGAGGAUGCUUGGUCUGAAAGUAGAGAUAAAACAACCCAGUUUACUCUGAGCAAUCCUGAGGAUGAUUGUGCUGAAAUGGAAGAAUCUUCAGGAAGCAUAGCUGGAGAUGGUUUGGAGAAAAUGGAUGCCAGCAAGGAGAAUAGUAACUUGUCUGCUAGGUCAGACCAAACUACUUUGGAGUAUCACGAUGCAGAAUCACCCAGCGAUUUUGAGGAUGAUGUCAUCUUUAUAGCUGCUAAACCAGCUGAUUCUUCCACUGAAGAAACUGCCAAUGUUCGAGAAUCGGAGAAGGAAGAAGACAGUGAAAUGGUUGAAGAUAAACCUUUCCAGAUGGAACAGCCAGAUUCAUCGGAACUGAGAAAAGAAACUGGAUUUGUGGAAGAACCAAAUGCUGAAUGUCCUACCCUUCCUGAGGACAGUAAAUUAGUGUUCAAAGCCGCUGAGGCUGCUACUUUGGGGACUGCAAGUGAAGGUGAAACAAACCACCAGGAAUCCCAAACGUCCUCUUCGUCAGAAGAAAAAGCCGUACCAGUUGCACCAAAUCCACAGCUUUCUGAAUCCCCGGAGGCAGACAGUGAAUCUGUGAAAAGGAUUCUUGACAGUGAGGAUAUUGUCAGUAAUCAUUCAGAAAAUCGCCUUGAGGAGAAGUGUAUGGAUUUAACCACAGAAUGUAACCAGGAAGCAGCUGAAGUUGAAGAAAAUAUUCCUUUUUCACAGGAAGAAAUAACUGUUUCUAACAAUUUUACUAAAACUGAGGAAAUGAAC